CUUCCUCUAUUGUUUUCUCUCUGUUAAAGGUCAAACCCAACCACCGCAAAAGCAAAAAAAAAAAAAAACAGAAGUUUUCGUGGCCGGUGACCGCCGAACCCGUAGAACGCCGCUGUAUUGUUAGUUUCCUCUUAUGCUAUUGCCGAUCGUUUUUCCUUUCCCGGUAACGCCCCGGUGGCCGGUAGAAGAAAUUAAAUCUGGGAUUAUAUCUUGACUAUGAAGAGCAACGGCAACAACGGAAACAGCAAAGGCUCCAAUAUCAAUAAUAAUAACAAAAGUAACAGUCAUUUUUUGCCGAAUUCUCUGAAAUUCAUAUCUUCUUGCAUAAAGACAGCCUCUUCCGGUGUCCGGUCAGCUAGUGCCUCCGUCGCCGCUUCUAUUUCUGGAGACUCCGUCGAACACAACAAAGACCAGGUCCUCUGGGCUUCCUUUGACAGACUCGAGCUCAGUCCGUCAUCUUUUAAACAUGUUCUCUUACUUGGAUACUCCAAUGGCUUUCAAGUUCUUGAUGUCGAAGAUGCCUCUAAUGUCAGUGAACUCGUUUCAAGGCGUGAUGAUCCAGUUACAUUUUUGCAAAUGCAGCCGCUCCCUAUAAAGUCUGAGGGCCGUGAAGGAUUUAGAGCAUCACAUCCUUUACUUCUGGUUGUUGCGUGUGAUGAGUCAAAGGGCUCAGGUUUGAUGCUUGGUGGAAGAGAUGGAUUGGCUAGAGAUGGUUUUGAUGAGCCUCAAAGUGGAAAUGUUCUUAUCUCUCCUACUGCUGUUCGAUUCUAUUCGCUAAGGUCUCAUAAUUAUGUUCAUGUUCUGAGAUUCCGGUCAACUGUAUAUAUGGUUAGAUGCAGUCCUCGAAUAGUUGCUGUGGGGCUUGCAACACAAAUAUACUGCCUCGAUGCUCUCACUCUUGAAAAUAAAUUUAGUGUCCUCACCUAUCCUGUCCCUCAGGCAGGAGGCCAAGGAAUGCGUGGGAUUAAUAUUGGAUAUGGUCCCAUGGCAGUGGGUCCCAGGUGGUUAGCUUAUGCUUCCAACAAUCCUUUGCAGUUAAAUACAGGUCGCUUGAGUCCACAGAACCUUACUCCUUCUCCUGGUGUUAGCCCAUCUACUUCACCCAGCAGUGGGAGUCUUGUGGCUCGAUAUGCGAUGGAAUCUAGUAAGCAGUUAGCUGCUGGGUUGAUCAAUCUGGGUGACAUGGGCUACAAAACUUUGUCGAAAUACUAUCAAGAUCUUAUUCCUGAUGGUACUGGUUCUCCUGUAUCUUCAAAUUCAGGCUGGAAAGUUGGUCGGGGUGCAUCACAUUCCCCAGAGACUGAUAUUGCUGGGACGGUUGUUGUCAAAGAUUUUGUUUCCAGAGCUGUUGUAUCACAGUUCAGGGCUCAUGCAAGUCCAAUUUCUGCCCUAUGUUUUGAUCCCAGUGGGACUCUUCUGGUUACGGCCUCAAUACAUGGGAACAAUAUAAAUAUUUUUCGGAUUAUGCCAUCCUCAGUAAAGAAUGGAUCUGGCACUCAAAAUUAUGAUUGGAGCUCUUCACAUGUGCACCUUUACAAGCUCCAUCGUGGCAUGACAUCAGCUGUGAUACAAGAUAUCUGUUUUAGUGCUUACAGUCAGUGGAUUGCCAUUGUUUCAUCUCGGGGUACUUGCCAUAUUUUUGUUCUUUCCCCAUUUGGUGGUGAGAAUGUUCUUCAGAUUCAUAAUUCUCAUGUGGAUGGGGCUACCUUAUCACCAGCUGUAUCUCUCCCUUGGUGGUCCACUCUAUCUUUCAUGACAAACUAUCAAACCUUUUCUUCACCAGCACCACCAACUGUCACCCUCUCUGUUGUUAGCAGAAUAAAAAAUGGUAACUCUGGAUGGCUUAAUACUGUUACCAAUGCUGCAUCUUCUGCUACUGGAAAGGCCUCCUUUCCAUCUGGUGCUUUUUCUGCUGUUUUCCAUAACUCUUUACCUAAUGUUUUACAACGAGCUCAAGUAAAAGCAAAUGUUUUGGAGAACCUAUUAGUUUACACUCCUUCUGGUCAUGUUGUUCAACAUAAGCUACUGCCUUCAUUUGGGGGAGAGGCAGGUGAAAGUGCUUCAAGAAUUGGGCCAGGUUCUGCUGUUCAGGUACAAGAAGAGGAGUUACGGGUGAAAGUUGAAGCUAUGCAAGCCUGGGAUGUAUGCCGAAGAACAGAUUGGCCAGAAAGAGAGGAAUGCCUUUCUGGAAUGACUCAUGGAAGAAAAGAAGCAUUAGAGAUGAUUGCAGAUGUUUCUGAUUCUGAAGAUAAUGAAGCUGGGCACAAGGACCUGUCAAAGCCCCAAGAUCAGUCUCACUUGUAUCUUGCCAAUGCAGAAGUGCAGAUAAGCUCUGGAAGGAUACCAAUCUGGCAGAAUCCUAGGGUAUCUUUCUAUACAAUGAGUCCUUUGGGGUUAGAUGAGUGUAAUGGUGGAGAAAUUGAAAUAGAAAAGAUCCCUGCUCAUGAGGUGGAAAUUAGACAGAGGGAUUUAUUGCCUGUUUUUGAGCAUUUUCAGAGGGUUCAAUCUGAAUGGAAUGACAGGGGCUUUGAUGGAGAAAAAUAUCCAAUGUCAUCUUCUCAUGAUGCCAAAGCAAGAUUCUCUGAAGUCACUGUUAUUUCUCACUCUAAGUUGAUGUCUCCUAGCUCUGUUGAAAACUCAGAUAGUGGAUCAUCAAGGAAUUCUUCUCCAACCAGCAUUCAAUCUGGGAAGGAUAGUAGUGGGGUAAAAGGACAGAGUUCUGUUUUGGCAUCGCCUAUGCUUAAUCAGAGCAAUCUUAACAAAGAUACUGGUUCAAUUUCUUUUAAUCAGGGUGUUUGUUACGUUGAAGAUAGGAACUCUACUAACAGUCUGUCAUCAUUGACAAACGGCUCUCUAUCUGGUGGAAGAACUGUUGGAAAGGAGGUUCAAUUUCCAAACAGUGGAGGAACCAGUGAAGUUUCAAACACAAGUUCUAACCGAUCUGAUUUGAGUUUGAACAUGUUAGAUGAGGGGCCAGUAAAUGACUCACCGGAUUUUGAGCAAUUUUUUCAAGAAGAGUACUGUAAAGCAUUGCCCCUAAGUGCAUGUCGUGAACCAACAGAGGUUGUUACUGAUGUUGACAGCGGCAGUGGUCCUUAUGACAGAGAAAAAUCUGAGGAAGAAGGUGACAAUGAUGAAAUGCUUGGGGGUGUUUUUGCCUUCUCUGAGGAAGGUUGAGUUGUAUCUGCUUGUGUUUCUUUCCUGAUGCGCACUUGCCACCUUCAUGUACGUUCGUGUUGUCAACUUCAGGUCCCUUUGGUCGAACGUCAGCCUUGUGGGGGGUUCAAAUACUAAUUGAAGAUUUAUAAAGCUACUGACUGAUUGGUUCAAGAAAUAUAAUCACUGGCUUAUUGUGCCGCCAGGGCAAAUCUCUGGUUUCUUCCCUCCCAAUGUAAAUGUUGUAAAUUGAUAUUGAUAAUACAAAUGAUUUGUGGGGACAGGGUUUUUUCUGUGCUGUGUAACCAUAUUCAUUCUUCAAAGAAAAAAUAAUAAUAAAAAAAGAAAAUGAAUUGUUGUACAUUGUGUUGUUCA